AUGUCCACGUAUGACAAAUCGGAUCAGAUCGGCUAUGAUGAGACGGAUAACACGUUGAAUGCCGAGCUGGAAGACAUGAUAGCGCGCACUCCACCAGAGGUGCAGCGCCACCUGCAGCACCGCAUCCAUGACGGCAUCCUGCAGCGCAUGAAAGAGGAGACGACACGCAAGUGCAUUACGUUCAUCCAAAAGUAUGAGCAGUGCGUGAACAGCCAAAAACCAUACAACAUGAAGCUAUGCUAUCCCCACCGGGACGCUAUGAAUGGGUGCGCGCAGGAGGUGAACCGGGAGGAAAACUACCAGCGCUACCGCAUCAUGUACCUCCGUGGCGAGCUGCUUAGGUACCAUGAGAAACGUAUUGCCGACAAGAUGGAGGCGUUCAAGGUGAAGGCUCCCGACGCGAUUCGCGCAUGGAAGCACGACUACGCACCCAAGUAUAUGCAAAUGAUGGCGGAUUUGGGGGUGGCGCCACUCGGGAAUGCCGUGGAGACAGCGGAGGAAACGACAAACUCGAAGUAG